AUGAAGACCAUAUAUCAAUGUCCUUCUCCCGAGAAUGCUGCAGCUCAUCCAACGCCAAUCACAAAGUCGACCCUUGUCGCCAAGCUUUCCCGACCAAAAGCCAUAGCAGAAGCAAAACUCGCUGCGGCCAGCUGCUUCUCGCAAGCUGUCACGGCGGCGCGUGUCCAUGAUGAGCAAGGCUGUUUCAGUCUGACACUAGUGGUCACCUUCGAGAACGAAGACGAGGUCAUCGUGCAACUCCAAGACUGUGAAAUCGAUUUGUCUAAAGUUGCACUUGCGCGCGGUCUCCUGGGCCCUGUCGUACCCGAUAUUCAAUUUGGAAAAACUCAAAGUGUUGCCUUCGCCUAUGUGGCUACUCUCAUUCCGGGCACUAUCUGGGACAGAGUUGAUGCUUCGGCGGAUGAGGAACUGAGCAUUUGUGCGGAGAUUGCUCAACUUCUAACGCGUUGUUCCUUGGGAGUGAGCAGUACUGCUGUUGUCGAUGGAUACGUUGUGCCUCGCUUGCAGAAAAUACUGGAAGUAGAAGACUUUUCUGACACUCCAGAAGCACGUCGUCGCUUGGAGGGACUGCUGAACCCGGAAAGAGUUGCUGGACUGAAAUCAUUACCGCUAUCUCUCUGUCACAUAGACGUGAAUCAUCGGAACAUCCUUGUGGAUAACGACAAGCAUGUAUGUGGUUUGAUCGACUGGGAACAAGCGAAUCUACUUCCCCUUGCAAUGAACACAUGGUGCAUCCGUUUCCUGUCGGUUCCGAUAGCAGGCGGGAAACACUUGCCGAACGAGCGCACGAUACCCAUAGCUGAAGCCUUCUGGGGCGCUUUCAUUACCGGUCUCCCGCCUUCCCACAGGUCGCCAACGCACAAACGCUCCGUGCUGACCACCAUGCAAGUUGGUCUGGCUAUCAUACAUCACUUCGGUGAUUAUUGUGUUGUUAGAACAAACCUACAGGAGUUUGUUGACAUUUUUGAUUGGUUAGAGGAUACAUUCAGUAAGAUGUGCAUGUAG